GGCCAGGGAGCCUGGGAAAUAUAGUCGUGUGAUUCCCGGUACCGUGGGGUCGAGAAGAGCGGGGAGAAGAACAAGGCUGCCGGGGUCGUUUCCUGCCGCUCCCCUCACACAGCGAGCCUCAGGCCCCGGUGCGGCUCCGCUUCCCAGGGCACUGACCUCAUCCGCUCCAGCCAGCCUGGUCCUUAUCGCCUGUUGAGCUCCUUGCCCGAGUCAGUCCGCCAAGGAGACCCCCGAAGGAGCCAAUGCUUCACCCUGGGGUUUGGGCUCCGGGGGCGGGAGGUGAGGCCGGGUUCCGUGCCGAGGGACCUGGGUAGGGUGUACUGGGCUGAACUGAACGGCGACAGAACCAGGACGGCCCCGUGCGCUAACCUGAGGUGGCGCCAGCCAUUCUGCUGCUUGUUCCGUUGCACUUUUCCAUUUCUUCUUAGGGCUUGAACGGGGCUGCUGCAGGCGCUAAGUGUGACCUUCGAACCCUGGUCAGAGUAAUGGUGAGGGGCUCUGAGGCGUUAUUUCUUUUCACGGUUUCUGGGCAUUCUCCACCUCAGGGCCUUUAUUAACCCCGAGAGAAGUUUCCCAGGGACAGAAAAUGAGCUCGGAGCGGGGGGCCACCUUGAGGGAGGCGAAGGGCAUUGUGGGGGCGUUAUGUAAAAGCAGCACCCCAACCGACGGAUCCUUCUCGGUCCUCGCGCUACCUGGGUACGUCGUGCGUUGCGUGUGUGCUAUUGGAACGAUUCCAAGGCGGGAAACAGCCCGGCGCUUGCGCGCGCCUGCGCCCUCAAGUAAUUGCCCCCCAAGCCACGCAUGCGUCUUUGUGCCGUGUGACUCUUUGUCGACUCCUUUGCUUAGAGUAGCGCCAUUUUGCAGUACGGAAGCUACAAACCAACACAGACUGGAACCUCUCCCUGAAAUCUGCUUCCUGCUUCCGGAGAAGUGUCAAGUCUGUCAAAGUCUUUUUGUUUGGAAAGACGUUACCCGAAAUAGGAUCGAGGAAGAUUUAAAGAGCCAGGCUGAUUGUUUUUCUUAACGCAGGUGUCUGGAGGUGGCUCUGGUCACUGCAGGACCACCAGGGGCUUGGCUUCCUUGUCUCAUCCUCCCCCUGCCUAGUCUCAUUUUCCCAGAUCUCCCAAAAGCCAUGUCCGGGGCCUCCCUCAUUAACUUUACCCGAGCCACUGACCCCAGUGAUCUCUGGAAAGAUGGGCAGUUGCAGUCACAGCCUGAAGAGCUGAAGCCCACCCUGGAUGGAGCUGCAGCCCGGGCUUUCUACGAAGCCUUGACUGGGGAUGAGAGCAGCACUCGUGAACCCCAGAGGGCUCAGUCUGAGUCUGCCAGGAAGAGAAGAAGAAUGAUGAGGGAAGCUGCAGCAGGAGUAUCAGGAGGACAUGGACAAAGGAGAUCCCUUGGGGCAGAGGACAAGAUGACCCACCGGAUACUGAGAGCAGCCCAGGAGGGGGAUGUGGCAAAACUAAAAAGACUGUUGGAUCCCCAUGAGGCAGGGGGAGCUGGGGGGAAUAUCAACGCUCGAGAUGCUUUCUGGUGGACCCCCCUGAUGUGUGCUGCCCGAGCAGGCCAGGGGGCAGCUGUGCGCUAUCUCCUGGGCCGUGGGGCUGCCUGGGUGGGGGUCUGCGAGCUGGGUGGCAGGGAUGCUGCUCAGCUGGCAGAAGAAGCGGGCUUCCCUGAGGUGGCCCGCAUGGUCAGAGAGAGCCCCAGAGAGACGAGCAGUCCAGAGAACCGGUCCCGAUCCCCCUCUCCCCAGUACUGUGAGACUUGUGAUGCCCACUUCCAAGACUCUAACCACCGUACAUCCACUGCUCACCUGCUGUCAUUGUCCCAGGAUCUCCGGCCCUGCAACCUGCCCCUUGGGGUGCCUACCUCCAGCCCCGGCUUCAAGCUGCUGCUGAGGGGGGGCUGGGAGCCUGGAAUGGGGCUGGGACCCCGGGGCGAGGGCCGUGCCAAUCCCAUCCCCACUGUCCUCAAGAGGGACCAGGAAGGAUUAGGCUACAGAUCAGCACCCCAACCCCGAGUUACACAUUUCCCAGCUCGGGAUACACGGGCAGUGGCUGGGAGGGAGAGAGCCCCUAGGGUGACCACACUGAACCGGAAGGAGGAGAGAAGGCAGGAGGAGAAGGACAGGGCCUGGGAGCGGGAUCUGAGGACAUACAUGAACCUUGAGUUCUGACCUUGGCAAGUUCUGACCCUCGUCUGCUGCUGAAGUCUGAACUUGGGCCCCUGACCUAGGCACUUGGGCUUCUACUUCCUGGGGUCUGCCCAGGUUCCAAACCUUCAGGUUUUCAUCAGUGGGCUCUGCCUUUGGGAGAAAAGAGGCUGAGAGUUGAGAAAUAAAUCAAGCUUUUCCCCCUC